AGCUGGUGCCCUACAAAUGGGAGACAAAGACCUGCAGUGCCAGUGAGAGAGAAGCCUGCCAAGGGGGCCUGUCAGAAAUGAGUUUUUCACUGAACUUUACACUGCCAUCGAAUACGACAUCCUCUCCAGUUGUCACGAGUGCCAAAGCCACAGACUGUGGUCCCUCUAUUGGACUGGCAGCCGGAAUCCCAUCCCUGCUGGCCACAGCCCUGCUGGUGGCUUUGCUGUUUACCUUGAUCCAGCGAAGAAGAACCAUCGAUGAUGAGCCCGUAGAGGAGACUGAGAUACCAUGUGAAAUUUCAGAACUCUAUGACAAUCCCAAAAUAUCUGAGAAUCCUAGGCGGUCACCCACACAUGAAAUGAACCCACGGGGCAGCCAAGAAGGGCACAUAUAUGUGAAGACUGUCUCGGGAAGCGAGGAGCCCCUGCCGGACACCUACCGUCCUCCUGAAGAACUAGAAAGGAGAAGAGGACUUUGGUGGCUUGUACCCAGCCUGAGCCUAGAAUGAUGUCACCGCAUCAGGGAGCAGACCCAGAGCUGGAUCAGGGCUGAAAACCUGGAAUCUGUGCUCAGGGUUCAUGCUUGGAGAGGCGAGGAGUCAGCUGCCUCUCACUCAACAUCAAUUUCAUUUAUAGAUCCAAGACACAUCUGGCUGCCUUGCCCCUUUAGGGGAUGGUUGCAGGCAGGUUCAUUCGAUCUCAGACCUUGCAGGGUAAUCAGCAAGGCGACCCAGGUGAGUCGACUAUGUGUCCAGAUGAGCCCCGUAUGUCCUGUUUCUGAAUCGAGAGAAGUCUGCCUUUGGGAAACGGCUUGGCUCCCGAGUGUCCUGCCUUCUCCUCUACCUGCUCCAAAUGUUAUCAUUUAAAAAAUAAUAAAGCUUUGAGAGUUGGCUUUUUUGGGGGGUGCAUUGACCAAGGCCAGCUUGGCACAAGUUAGGACAGGCAUAAAACCUAACCAAAGACAUGUGACAGAAGCCAUUUCUUCCUUUUGAAUAUCUCAGGAUAAAGCUCGCAUGGAGCCGUCCAUGCCCCGACACAAGGAAGUAUGUGGCUGAUUUGUGUCAUACAGCUGAGAAUGAGCUAGGCACUCCCUAGUCAGACGUGCUGCUGAGCACUUUGAGAAGUCAGAUGAGCUCAUCUACCCUCCCCGAGCCUGUUUUGGGUUCUGUGCUUCCUUUGGCCACUGGAAAAAUUACAGCAGGAAUAAAGGAAGCAAUUUCCACUUAGUAGACACUAGAGAUAUCAAUCCUCUUCACCCAGUUCUUCCCACAUCUUCCCAUCCUACUUAUCAUCCAUCCAGAGUCACAAAGUCGACAAGGAAAUCUAAACCUUCUCUGUGGCCUGUAAUCUGAAUUUUUGACAUUUAAAAAUAACUCUAGUGGUCACUGGCAGUCUCCUCACUUCGACUCUGCACACCAUUUUUUUCCCCUUGGGUGUCAACCAAGUUCCAAAUCACAAGUACAGAGAUCUGUGUUACACAUUACAUAUUAACCUUUAGGAUGCUCGAGUCCUGGAUGGUUAAUCUUCACUGUCAACUCAAUGGGAUUGAGAAUCACCAAGGAGACACACCUCCAGAAAGAUUUAACUGAGUAAGAAGAUCCACCUGAAUGUGGCCCAGCAUCAUUCCAUAGCCUGGGGUUCUGGGAAUUCAAGUUGAGCAUGCAGAACUCAUCACUAUCCUUCCUGACGACAGAUAAAGUGUUUGGCCAGCUACCCCACACUCCUGCUGCCACACCUUUCUUGGACUGAACCAAAAUAAAUACCUCCACCCUUAAGUUGACUUUAUCAUAACACUGAGAGAAGUAAGCUAAUAUAAAACUGAUAUUCAUGUUUUAAUGACUUUUCUUUGUAAUGAGCCAUUUGCUUUGAAGUACCAUAAAGAAAAGAUGUUUGUGAGGGAGAGGCAUCAAGAGGACCAAAGAUGAACACAGGAGCAAAGGGAUGGGUUGGGAUAGCUACACCUGCUAUGCAAGGGACAUCUAGGGACAACUUCACCAGUUCGGGCCUGAUCUUUGCCUUCACUUCCCCAGACAGUUUCCUUGUGACCUUCUAGUGCACAGCCACUGCCUUGAAAUACACCAUGCUUCACAGUGGGAGAGCUGAGGCCUCAGGGCAUCUCUAGAAACAUCCAUGGUCUCCUUGAGCCACCUUGAUAUCCCAGAGAACCAACUCUUCUUGCAUGGGGCCUCUGGUUGUUUAGAAAUAGUUGGAUUUCUUGAGCUAUAGGGAAUGGUUCUGUAAACCCAAUGACCAUCACAUGUUAACAGCUGCCUUUCAAAGCCCCUCUGAAAUUCAAUUUUGGGUUAUUUCAUGGGCUCAGGUCUUAGAUAAACACAUUUGAACAUCUUCAAUC